AUGGAUGGAAAGUGUGUUUAUUUAUUUUUAACGAUUUUCUUCAUAAAUAUCUUGUCAGUAGCAAAUGGAAGGGAAAAAAUAUACAUUAGAGAUUCUCUUAAGGUUAAACCAUUUGAUGAUCGACUUGGAACAAAACAACUUUUUGAAGUUGUUGUGAAUGCAUUGACAACCAGAUAUAAAAAUCGGAAGAUGCUCGAGGUUUCUAAAAAUCGUUAUAAUUUUCACAUGGCGUGGAGAGGAAUAAAAAAUUUUUUCUGGCAAAAAAUUUUGAAUGUGUUUUGUCCUUCGUUAAGUAGAGAGUUGAAAGCUCUAAGAGAACUAAAACGUUUAUUGAUACAUGAUGAUAAUGGUAGUAUUAAAGCUGGAUUAGGCCUUACACUUCCGUUUAAAAAAUCAAAAAAAGAAGGUAAGCAAGAUAUUAGUGAAGAAGAAAGUGAUGAAACAAGCGAUGAAAAACUAAACAAAAAUUCUAAAAAGCGGAAAAAAGGUAAAAAGAGAAGAGAAUCUGACGAGGACGAUGUUGAUAGUGAUAGCGACGAAGAAGAUGCAAAAAAAAAGAAAUCUAUAAAACUAAAUUUAGAUGAUUUGUUGAAGUGA